UCUGUCUGUGGUUCGAAAUGCUUGUGAGAACGGUCAGAACCUCUCCCCUGCCUACCCACGGCUCUCUGCCCCUCGUUACACAGCCGGCGCUGUGCCGUGCGGGGACGCGAGCCCGCCAGGCGCGUCCCGGAGCGCCGCUCUAGCCGCCGGCGUCGCCCCGCUCUAUGGUGUGGGCGGCGGCGAUGACGCAAGGCGGCGACGGCGGCGGGCGGGGAGGCAGAGGAGGGAGGGGCCCGUGAUGGCCGGUGCCGCCGCCGUCGCGCUGUCCGUCGCCGCGCUGCCGGCCGCCGCCCCGCUGCCAGCUCCUGCCGCCGCCAUGGCCGAGGAGGAGGAGGCCUCCAGCGAAAGGUUAGGAUGGUUGUUCAGCUGGCUUCCUGCGUGGUGCCCCACAUCACUACUGCACCUUAAAGAAGCUGAGGACAAAAUGCUAAAAUGUAUUACAAGCACAUACAAUAAGCGGUAUGUGUAUCUAGCUAAUGGAAACAAAAUAUGGACACUGACGUUCUCUCCAGACUUUUCACGUAAAACCCCACUUGUUCUGCUCCAUGGAUUUGGAGGAGGUGUUGGAAUGUGGGCUCUCAAUUUUGAAGAACUCUGUGAAAACAGGACCGUUCAUGCUUUCGACCUCUUGGGAUUUGGACGAAGCAGUAGGCCACACUUUGAUACUGAUGCUCGAGAAGCAGAAAAUCAGUUUGUGGAAUCCAUAGAAGAGUGGAGAAAGGAGAUGGGGUUAGAAAAAAUGAUUUUGCUUGGACAUAACCUGGGUGGAUUCCUGGCUGCUGCUUACUCGCUAAAAUACCCAUCAAGGGUCAAACAUCUUAUCUUAGUGGAGCCAUGGGGUUUUCCAGAGAGGCCUGACAAUGCUGAACACGAAAGACCAAUUCCAAUCUGGAUCAAAGCACUAGGAGCUAUACUGAGUCCAUUUAAUCCGUUAGCUGGGCUGAGGAUAGCAGGACCCUUUGGCCUAAGCCUUGUUCAGCGUUUAAGACCAGAUUUCAAACGAAAAUACGCAUCGAUGUUUGAUGAUAACACUGUGACUGAAUACAUCUAUCACUGCAAUGUACAGUCGCCCAGUGGUGAAACAGCUUUCAAGAACAUGACUAUUCCUUAUGGAUGGGCAAAAAGGCCAAUGCUGCAACGGAUUCCACAGAUGGAUCAAGACAUUCCUAUCACCGUGGUUUAUGGAGCGCGUUCAUGCAUAGAUGGCAAUUCUGGCAGCACUAUCCAGUCUUUGAGACCAAAGUCAUAUGUGAAGACAAUAGCUAUCCUUGGUGCAGGUCAUUACGUGUACGCUGAUCAGCCUGAAGACUUCAACCAGAAAGUGAAAGACAUCUGUGAUUCUGUGGACUGACUGUCUCCUGUCCCUUAAAGUCUUACACCGUAGGCACCAUUUAAUAGCAAUACUCUGCAGGAAAUGACUAAAGAAUGCAGAGCUAAUGAGACAGGCUCUGUUUGCACACUGUUUCUUCUAAGAAGCAAUUUGCACACUUAAACCACUAAGUGCCUUUUGGGCGUAGGUAGAUUUGAAGCAAAUGUUGUACAGUUGUAUUUGAGAUUUGUCUUUAGACUGUUGGUCUGCCAUAUAUGAAAUUACUUAGGAUUUUUUGAACUGGAAUUUUCUUUAAAAUGCAGUUCAAUAUUGUUCACCUGUUGAACUCUAUCUAAAGAUGUUGAAUUCACCACUAACACAGAGAUCUUUAUCAGUAUGGAUAUAAUGUAUAAAUUGUGGUUUUGUUUAUUCAUAAACAUUCAUAUUUUCUAGUUGAUGUUUCAUAGCAAGAGUAUGAAAUUGUUAUGUAUUUUGUUUAUGGAAUCCUGAACUCCAUAUGCAAUAUUUUAAGAGUUUGAGUUUGUUUGUUUUAAACUGGAAUGAUAACAGCUUAUGAAGCUGAUUUUGGAGGAGAGACAGGGCCAAAAUAAUGAGCAGUGCUUGUCACUGAAAAAAUGUAUGUUAAUUUGUAAGGAAUCAGGACUCAACAGUAGGAAAUCUCUCUUCUCUUGUAUUUUAUUUCUCUUUAUCUCAAGGCAUCAUUUUCCAUGUGUGCAGCUUUUACAGAAGCCUUAGUUUGUAAGAGUCAGCGAUGUAACCAGUGCUCAUGCUUUCAUAAAGAUUUUCUAUGUAGAUCUCAGUGAUUUAAAGUACAGAAAAUGGCUUGUUAGUUGCUCUAUUUUUAAUACUUCAUGAUUACUGCAGGAUUCAUUACUUGCCCAAGCCCAACAACUUUGGAGAAGCUGGCAGGCAGAUUUUUACUAUGGCUCGGUCAUCUGGAUAAGUGAGCAUCAUUCCAUUUUGCUUUGGACAAAACUUCUACCAGUAAAUUCAGGAUGGGGAGUAGGGCAGGCACAGGGGGAAGCUCUAAUUGGCACCUGCAGCAGAUCAUUGCAUUGAAACUGGUGAGCAGCCUCCUUAUAGGAAGGAUUAUUACUGGAACAAACAAUACCGCUGUAACAAAUUAUGAUUACAUGUUUUGGAGGUUCUUUAUGUAAUUAUAAUGGAGUAUUUUGAAAUCAGAGAUAAUAACCUCUCUGCAUCUUUUUGAAACUCUAGUUUGAUGUUGAUUCUUCACAAGCUUUGUACGUUAUAUUAAGAGAAAAAAAAAAAGGACUUUGUCACUUUAAAGCCAAACUCUAUAGUGGUUUGUUUUUAAUGACAGAUUUACUUGAAACUAUAGAUCUGCUUUUGAAUGUUAAAUUGACUACUGAAGAGUUCUCGAUACUUUCCUACCUAGUGGAUUCAAAUUAGUGAUUGCACCAUCUUCAGGUUUCAGCAGAAUUUUGUACAUUUCUGCUCACAUUAAGAAACUGUCGCACACAUUUAUGAUAUAACAGGCAAAGAUGCCUCAAAUCUUCAGGAAAUACUCAGAUUGUGUUCCUAGUGGAACAUGAUGUUUCUUUCUGAAGGAGAUGGAUGUCUGUAUGGUGCUAUGUAACAUCAAAUGGUCUUCGUGACUGCCUUUGUGACUGCUAGCACUUAGCAAGCUAGGGAUUUUAAUUAAGGUAAAUUAUUAUAUUCAGUUACUUUUUCACUUAGAUGAUACCAGGAUUUUUAAACAAAUUUCUAUGUUAUUUGCUAAAAUUUUGACUUCAAAAUGGAAAAUCAGGAUAUCAGCUUUUUGAAUACAAGCUAUGAAUUGUCGGCCAUGACGCCCUUUCGGUGGAUGCCCUCAGUGUGUAUUUUUUCACACUUUUGAAUGUCUGAUUUGUAUUUAUACACUUCAACAGUUGCUUAGAUGGUUAUAAAUGUAAAAAUACAUUUUGUCUUCCAAAUAAUAAAAGGUGAAACAAACUAUUUGGAUAGCACUUACUGAUGGGAAUUCUGGAUUCCGCAUCAAAAGAUGGAAGUAGGGGUAAAAAUUGCACGUGAAUAUGAUUAUUCUUUGAAAUAUCCCUUGCUUUUUCAGCUCGUUGUAUUAAUAAGACUUAUUGCUUAUGUUUUGCACAAUAAACAUAAAAAUCUAAAAUGUUGUGUUUGAUUAAUGUUGACAUGAUGUUGCUUUUGUAAAAAUGUUAUGCAAUUAAGCUGUAGAAAUUAAGAGUAACGAAUGAGUUGAGCUAAGCCACCCAAAACACAUUAAAAAUACUGUAAAGCUUU